AGAGGAGAGACGGAGGAAAAGUUAGUCGAGAUGGCGAAUCCCAAAGAACUGGAGUAAAGGGGCACAUCUCCCCCCCUUCAAAAAAACAAAACAAAACAAAACAAAAAAAAAGAUACCGCCUUUUUGCCUUCCUGAGACAAAGCCAGCGAUGCAAAAUGCGCAACAAGGCCCCAAAGGGGUUCCCGAAACCGAUAAGACGGACUGCAAGGUGGAAAGCUGACUCAUCAAAUAUCGUUGCACUGUGAGUGAGUAAUUUCCUCACGGCCCGCUUAAAACGGUCAAUAAUAGCAAAGAGGAGCGUCGCCGGACGACGGAAUACCGACGGAAUACCUCGCGGCGACGACAAGACUCGCAAUGUCCUUCGUUGAGUAACACCAAGAACCUACACCAGCUUCAAAGCAGAACGUCGGUGGACAGUUCAGGCGAGGUCACGCAACGCAAAACGCAACGCCAUGAUGUUUCGCGAUCAGGUGGGCGUACUUGCCGGCUGGUUUAAAGGAUGGAACGAAUGCGAGCAGACGGUGGCUCUGCUGUCUCUGCUGAAAAGGGUGAGCCGGACUCAGGCUCGUUUCCUGCAGCUCUGUCUGGAGCAUUCCCUUGCCGACUGCACGGAACUGCAAGUUCUGGAAGCGGAUGCCAACAAUCCAGAGGUUAUCAGCCAGUGGCAAGGCGAGACAAAAGAACAUGUCAUCUCGCUCGUCCUCACCCAUUUGCCGCUCCUCAAACCAGGCAACGUCGAAGCCAAGGGCGAGUACAUGCGCCUGCUACCGCGCAUCCUUGCUCACACGAUUGAGCAUGGCCGCCACCUGGAAGAGUCCCGCCAGCUCUUAUCCUACGCCCUCAUCCAUCCUGCCACCUCCCUGGAAGACCGUGCCGCAUUGGCCCUGUGGCUAAACCACCUGGAGGAGAGAGCGGCCGCUAGGGGAGACUCGCUGGAAAGGCCAUCUCCUACCGGGCCGCAUCAUCAUCAUCAUCAUCGCCAGUCCACUCCGCCAUCCACGCUCACGUCAUCGGGAUCCUCCACCAACAGCUCUUCUUCGGGUAACCUGUACUCCUCGCAUCACCAUCACCAGCGCUACGGGUCAGAUGAUCGCCUGAACGGGUGGCAGAGCUCCAGGGAUUCGGGAUUGGGUGGCAGCUGGCAGCAGCAGGCGUACGAGAACGGACACCUUCCUCUUUACCCGUCAUCCUCAGUACCAGCAACCAUUAACACAGUUGGAACUGGUGGAGGUAGCAACGCAAUACUAACAAGCAGCAAUCAGCAGCACAGUCCUCUGAAGCGCUCGGUGUCUCUCACACCCCCAAUGAGCGGACCCAGCAACCAUCCCAUGGGUCCUGUCUGGUUGUCCCAGGAAGAUCUACGUAGUAGCAGGGGCCCGGCCCCCGAUCACGCACCCCUGUCCCCUCAAAGCAGCAUCGCAUCCUCGGGCAGCGGAGGAAGUGAGCAUCUGGAAGAGGCCAGUUUAGGAGGCGGCUCAGGUCUGCAUCGCAGUUCCUUCCAUGAUGAGGGUAGCGGCAUGAGGGAUGUUCCUUCAUGGCUGAAGGGUCUCCGUCUCCAUAAAUAUGCGGCGCUGUUUUCCACCAUGACCUACGAUGAAAUGAUGUCACUUACGGAAGAACAACUUGAAGCACAGAAAGUCACCAAAGGAGCAAGACACAAGAUUGUUAUCAGCAUUCAAAAGCUCAAAGAGAGACAAAACUUGCUUCGCAGUCUAGAAAAGGAUGUAUUAGAAGGCGGUAAUCUCCGUGUGCCGCUGCAAGAACUCCACAAUAUCAUCAUAACGCCAAUCAGGGCUUUCAGCGGUGGCGAGGACGCGUCCUUACAGCGCCCCCCGGAAACCAAAAGCUCCGCGCCUGGAUCCCACCUCGCUGGAGGAGGCGGGGAGGCGGAGGCGAGCUCGAGCGUGAUUGCGGACGGGGAUCUACCCAGCCAGUUUAUUCGUGUCAUGGGCAAAGUUUGCACUCAACUACUCGUGUCGAGGUCAGACGAGGACAACAUCAGCUCCUACCUGCAACUGAUUGACAGGUGCCUUAUACAUGAGUCGUUUAGCGAGACUCAGAAGAAGAGGCUGUUGUCAUGGAAACAACAGGUCCAGAGGCUGUUCCGGGCCAUUCCAAGAAAAACGCUCCUUGACAUAGCAGGUUAUCGACCGCAGCGGAGCAGUCGUGGAUUUGGUCAGUCCAACUCCCUUCCCACUACGAGCUGCGUCGGGAGCAGCGUCAUGGCCAGAAGGAGCCUUCGGCAAUUCCAGAUGCCCUCUCGGAGCUUACCAGGAGCAAGGCUGGGCCUGCUGGGCAGCGGAGGCUUGCUGGGGCCGACGCCUCGGAGCAGCAGCAGCACACCCACAGGGCCCAAGCAAGGGAAACAGGGUCUGUGGUUUGCCAACCCCGGAGGCAGCAACAGUAUGCCCAGUCGAAGCCACAGCUCCGUGCAACGGACACGCUCCCUGCCCGUUCACACGACGCCACAAACGAUGGUCAUGUUCCAACAAGCUGAUCUUCAGUUGCCGGCGACAGAGCCAGACAUCAACAAUCGCCUUGAAUCCUUAUGUCUGAGUAUGACGGAGCACGCCUUGGGAGACCCCCUUCCCUUGCUCAUCCAAUCAGCAGUCAGAACGCAGUCUAGAUGCAUUCAGGGACAUGCGACGGUGCCGAUCGCACGUCAACAAUAUGAAACGGGGGCCAGAAGCGUGUCAGAAGCUUCGCGGGGGCCCUCCCACAACAAGUCACCCUGAGGUCACCUGCCCUCCGGUGCCCUCUUCCUGUAGCCAAAAAAGGUAGAGCUCCAAGCAAAAAGGGGGCGUCGAAGAAUCACAUGCCAUCACACUGGCUGCAUUGACGGGGACGGGGGGGGGGGGUCGGAAAAACACACUUCCUGUUGUGACCAACAAUGUAGGGGGGGUGGAAGAGAACAAGGUCUGACAGGUGUGUGUGUGAGAGAGAGAACGGCGCCCUCUCAGGAGAUCAGAAGCACUACAACCGACACAUCAGCGGAGCAGGAGACGCCCGCCCUGGGGACCCGGGCCCCAUUGAAGCCCAUUUGGUCCCUGUACAAGAAAAAAAAAGGCCCCUUGUCUUUGUUUACAUAACGAUGCUACUUUUAAAGGGUACAGAAAGAAAACUACAUCAGGUAUGGGUUAUCGUAUUUUGAGUGCCAGCUUUACACCCCAUGAGUAGCCAUCAUGCUAGUUUACAACAACAUGCUAUACUUUAUUAUAUUUAUCCAAGGCUUGAAGAAAAUAUGCUAAUUAAGUGAUGGAGACGCGGUAAAAAAAGAAGAAGAAGAAGAAAGUUGAAGGGAAUGAGUUGACACGAUAAAAGUGUGGGGGGGGGGGUUCGGGAUCUGGAAAAGGAAGUGGAUGUUUUGACGGAGCGAAACAUCAGAGGCCGGACCUUUUGAUGUCCUUAAAAUGACGGAGGGAGAGGACGUCACGUUGGAAUCGUGUAUUUUGUAUGUCCUGCGAGCGGAAGAGGAAGUGACUGGUCGGUUGCAUAUCGUUUUUAUCUUUAGCUUAUAUUGUAUCGACUCUCAAAUUCAGAGGAUUAGUGUAGUUUUUUCAUACAUGUAAAUGGGAGAUAAAUACAGCUGUAUUACCAAUGGGAUUUUGUAUGUAUGUUCGGAUACUGGGAUUUUUUUUUUGAUGUUUUUGUUUAACCCUUAGAUGCAUAAGUGGGUCAAAAAUGACCCGGUCAGGUUGUUUUCUUGAAAUAUGUUCAUAAUUAAAAUUUGUUAUCAUUUCAUAUUCCAGGUAUUCCUAAAAAAAACAUGUUUUUGAUAUCAUACCAUUCAAAUUUUUAACUUACCUUUUAGAAAUUUUAAGAAAUUUUAGUUUUUGUUACUACUCCAACCUUCCAUAAGUGGGUCAAAAAUGACCCCGUCAGGUUGUUUUCUUGAAAUAUCUUCGUAAUUAAAAAUUGUUAUCAUUUCAUAGUCCAGGUAUUCCUAAAAAAAAACAUGUUUUUGAUAUCAUACCAUUCACAUUUUUAACUUACCUUUUAGAAAUUUUAGUUUUUGUGUUACUACCCCAACCUUCCAUAAGUGGGUCAAAAAUGACUAGUUCAAGUUGUUUUCUUGAAAUAUCUUCAUAAUUAAAAAUUAUCAUUUCAUAUUCCAGGUAUUCCUCAAAAAACAUGUUUUUGCUAUCAUACCAUUGAAAUUUUUAACUUGCCUUUUAUAAAUUUUAAGAAAUUUUAGUUUUUGUGUUACUACCCCAACCUUCCAUAAGUGGGUCAAAAAUGACUUGUUCAGGUUGAUUUCUUGAAAUAUGUUCAUAAUUAAAAAUUGCUAUCAUUUCAUAUUCCAGGUAUUCCUAAAAAAAAACAUGUUUUUGAUAUCAUACCAUUCACAUUUUUAACUUACCUUUUAUAAAUUUUAGUUUUUGUGUUACUACCCCAACCUUCCAUAAGUGGGUCAAAAAUGACCCGGUCAGGUUGUUUUCUUGAAAUAUCUUCAUAAUUAAAAUUUGUUAUAAAUUUCAUAGUCCAGGUAUUCCUAAAAAACAUGUUUUUCAUAUCAUGCCAUUCAAAUUUUUAACUUUUAUAAAUUUUAAGAAAUUUUAGUUUUUGUGUUACUACCCCAACCUUCCAUAAGUGGGUCAAAAAUGACCCGGUCAGGUUGUUUUCUUGAAAUAUUUUUGUAAUUAAAAUUUGUUAUCAUUUCAUAUUCCAGGUAUUCCUAAAAAAAAAACAUGUUUUUGAUAUCAUGCCAUUCAAAUUUUUAACUUACCUUUUAUACAUUUUAAGAAAUUUUAGUUUUUAUGUUACUACCCCAACCUUCCAUAAGUGGGUCAAAAAUGACUCGGUCAGGUUAUUUUCUUGAAAUAUCUUCAUAAUUAAAAUUGUCAUCAUUUUUUGCUAUCAUACCAUUCAAAUUUUUAACUUACCUUUUAUACAUUUUAAGAAAUUUUCGUUUCUGUGUUACUACCCCAACCUUCCAUAAGUGGGUCAAAAAUGACCCGGUCAGGUUGUUUUCUUGAAAUAUCUUUCUAAUUAAAAUUAUCAUUUUUUGCUAUCAUACCAUUCACAUUUUUAACUUACCUUUUAUAAAUUUUAAGAAAUUUUAGUUUUUGUGUUACUACCCCAACCUUCCAUAAGUGGGUCAAAAAUGACUAGUUCAAGUUGUUUUCUUGAAAUAUCUUCGUAAUUAAAAAUUAUCAUUUCAUAUUCCAGGUAUUCCUCAAAAAACAUGUUUUUGCUAUCAUACCAUUGAAAAUUUUAACUUGCCUUUUAUAAAUUUUAAGAAAUUUUAGUUUUUGUGUUACUACCCCAACCUUCCAUAAGUGAGUCAAAAAUAACUUGGUCGGGUUGUUUUCUUGAAAUAUCUUUGUAAUUAAAAAUUAUCAUUUCAUAGUCCAGGUAUUCCUAAAAAAAACAUGUUUUUGAUAUCAUGCCAUUCAAAUUUUUAACUUACCUUUUUAUAAAUUUUAAGAAAUUUUAGUUUUUGUGUUACUACCCCAACCUUCCGUAAGUGGGUCAAAAAUGACCCAGUCAGGUUGUUUUCUUGAAAUAUCUUUGUAAUUAAAAUUUGUUAUCAUUUCAUAUUCCAGGUAUUCCUAAAAAAACAUGUUUUUGAUAUCAUGCCAUUCAAAUUUUUAACUUUUAUAAAUUUUAAGAAAUUUUAGUUUUUGUGUUACUACCCCAACCUUCCAUAAGUGGGUCAAAAAUGACUCGGUCAGGUUGUUUUCUUGAAAUAUUUUUGUAAUUAAAAAUUAUCAUCAUUUCAUAUUACAGGUAUUCCUCAAAAAACAUGUUUUUGAUAUCAUACCAUUCAAAUUUUUAACUUUUAUAAAUUUUAAGAAAUUUUAGUUUUUGUGUUACUACCCCAACCUUCCAUAAGUGGGUCAAAAAUGACUCGGUCAGGUUGUUUUCUUGAAAUAUCUUCAUAAUUAAAAAUUGUUAUCAUUUCAUAGUCCAGGUAUUCCUCAAAAAAACAUGUUUUUGCUAUCAUACCAUUCAAUUUUUUAACUUUUAUAAAUUUUAAGAAAUUUUAUUUUUUUGUGUUACUACCCCAACCUUCCAUAAGUGGGUCAAAAAUGACUCGGUCAGGUUGUUUUCUUGAAAUAUCUUCGUAAUUAAAAAUUGUUAUCAUUUCAUAGUCCAGGUAUUCCUAAAAAAAACAUGUUUUUGCUAUCAUACCAUUCAAAUUUUUAACUUUUAUAAAUUUUAAGAAAUUUUAGUUUUUGUGUUACUACCCCAACCUUCCAUAAGUGGGUCAAAAAUGACCCGCAUGUAUUUUCUAUGGAAUCCAAUCGGAACCUUUGAGUAUUAUCUUUAUAUUAUAUUAUAAUAUUAUUCAUAUAAUAAUAUUCAUAUAAUAACCUAACCAAAAUGGCAUAAAAAGGCAUUGAUUCUGGUAUGUGUGAUUUUUGACCCACUUAUGGAAGAGUGUAGGGUCCAGUCACUCAUGCAUCUAAGGGUUAAAAAAACAACCUUUGUAAAACAAGGGUGAUUUAAGCUGCAUAUGCUAACUUUGUUAGCAUAAAGGAACAUUUAAAAUACGGAGUGAGGAAAAUGAGGUUUUCAACAUGGGAGACCCGGCUGUGUCUUAAUUAAGUAUAGAAGCGAGUGAAUUGAAACACAGCCUUUUAAGUCAGUCAGCCAGUCAGUCAGUCAGUCAGUCAAGUCCAUGAAGGGGUUGCUUGUCCCAGAGACUGUAGAUACUGCCACCUACUGGCCCAUAAAGUUAGUGGCGGUGCAUAGUCACCUGACCGCUCUAUAAAGAGGCCAAAUAUUAUUGGUGGUUGAAAGUAAAUGAAGCUUUUCUGUUUGUUUUCAUCCAAUGACUGAGGCGUUUAGGAAACACUAAUGAUGUGUGAUGACGGUUAUUAUUAUUAUUAUUAUUAUUAUUCAUUCUUUUAUUGCUAUUGUACUUUCUUUUCUAUGCUGCACUUCUAAUAAUAUGAGAGGAGAAGAUCCAAACGGACACGGUGAUUUUGCUUCUCAGCCGUCAGUACCAAAACACCCAAUGACCAUUUUCCGGUCCACCAUCACAGAAGUUCGAUUCCGUUUCGGUGCCCUUUUUUUUCCCCCCAUCAACACAUUUAAAAAGGACCAAAGCAGUUUUUGGAUGUUUGUUUUGAUCUUUGCCGGAUCUCGAGUAAGGCUAGUGACCUGAGACGUCAAUUAGAGCUUUGUUAUGCUACCAAAACGCUAUAACUAUCAAUAAGCUAGUUAGCUUCUUGUGUAGUAACUCAAGUGACAAUUAUCAGAGUAACUUCAGUCGUGUUUAAUUAAUAGCGGGUCCCGGGUGAGCAAGAUGCGGACCUACUAUGCGGACGCUUACUACCCUGGGUUGUCGCCAUUUUGAAAUAAUGGCGGCUGAGAAGCAACUAGAGCUGAAACGUUAGCGAAGAGAGGAAGAAGCGUCGGGAAACUACCGCAGUCGUCGUUGUUAGUGAGUGAACUAAGUACACAGUGUAGACGUUGUACUUCAUAAUGGAAGUACAGUACAGUGGAUCCCCGUACUUUCACCAUUCAGCCCACAAACAUAAGAAUUUUUGGUCAAUUUAAAAAAAAAAAAAAAAUUGGCGGCACGGUGGUCGAGUGGUUCGCGUGCAGACCUCACAGCGAGGAGACCAGGGUUCAAUCCCAUCCUCAGCCAUCUCUGAGAAAAUGAAUGAAUGAAUGAUUCAGGAAGAAGUCUUGUAUUUUGAUCUGACAAAUCUUAAGUAAAUUUGAUCAAUUCCAGGGUUCAAUUCCACCCUCGGUCAUCUCUGUGUGGACUUUGCGUGGGUUUUCUCCGGGUACUCCGGUUUCCUCCCACAUUCCAAAAAACAUGCUAGGUUAAUUAGCGACUCCAAAUUGUCCAUAGGUAUGAAUGUGAGUGUGAAUGGUUGUUUGUCUAUAUGUGCCCUGUGAUUGGCUGGCCACCAGUCCAGGGUGUACCCCGCCUGUCGCCCAAAGACAGCUGGGAAAUAUCACAUAUGCGAUUAUACAAGUUAAAGUACAGCAUGUUUAUGUCUUGUGCUUCACCGACUAUGUUUUUGAGUCCUUGAACGCACCAUAACUGGUGUGGCCACAAAAAAAGUUAGUUGUUUGUUUACAAACAAAUCAUCAACAUUCUUAUUGCAAAUGUUGAUACAAAAUCAGCUGUGUGUAAAAAAUGGCUAUUUUUACUAGCAUAACAAUUACCCCCCCCCCCCCCCCCCCAAAAAAGGCGGGGAUCUACUGUACUGUAUUCCAUUUGAGAAACAGCCGACAUAUGAUGUCGAUGUAACCAUCGAUGUGUCGCAUUCAGAUGACGUCUUGUGUUUAUCGUUUUUUCCCGAUCUCUGUCGCAUUAAGUUCCGUUCGGUUCCUCGCCUCCGUGACGCGAACGCCACAUGAACCCGCUUCACUCACGCGUGGACGGACUCAUGUUAGAAACCUUCAGGCUCACUGCGCGUCUCCGCGGGUGACAUCAUCAGCAUGGCGAUAAACCUUUGCUAUAAAUUUCAGUACUUAAACAUACUUAUUUAUUCUUUAUUUUUCUGCAGAGCUCAUACUUGUACUCGAUGUAGGUGUAUUGUUAUUUAAAAGUACCGGUAUGUAUUAACAAGUUAUGGCUGGUGACCAUACAAACAUCUCAAAUAUUAACCGUUGUUUUUGACGUUUUUUGAUGUUUUUUGUUGAUUGUAACCGUUUAAUUUGUGUCAUUUGGACCGCGACUCGUAUAGCUAGCAUAGCUAACAUUCAGUAGGAGUUCACUCAUAGGAGAAUUGGGAGCGCAGUUACCACUUCCUCACAUAUAGAGCGGGAACGAUGCCUUCCCAUAAUGCAACAUUUUGUUCCACCAUUAAAAUCCAUGGUACAAGUAUUGUUUCAAGUCGUCGUUUAACAACCGUAAAUGCUAUUGUUGUUAGCCGUAUUGUGCUGAGCUGCCUGGACAAAGUUGCGCGAACUUAAAUGGCCGCGUGUCUUAUUAGCAUUAGCAUUAGCCGCAUAAACAGGUUAUAUGCGGAUGUUUGGGCUUAUCGAGACAUUGUAGUCUAUGCUACCAAGACAUGGACGUAUGCUAGCUAUGUUAUCAUAUCACGAUAAGUUCAAUUUCCGAUUCUAUGGUCAUUACAAAAUGUUGAAUUAUGAUUUGUUGUCAAAGUAUACGGUCUUUUAUUUUAAUUUUUUUUUUUUUUUUACAAAUUUUUGGAAAUUAUGGUAAUGGUUUUCCCGACACUACUUUAAGUGGGCGAAGUAUUGCAGUAUUGGAGAUGGUUGGUUCUCUGAGCCUUGCCUUCCAUAAGUGUUUUUGUAACUAACAUCAAGCUAAUGUUAGCAUAGGGACUGGGUACAUAGUACUGUAGGUACUUCAGGGUGGGAAUGGGGUGGCGGGGGGGGGAGUCAAGGACGUGUCCAGGAGUCCACAACAAUUUUAAAUCAACUGGACUUCUAGUUGGGGUUUCCGGGAAGACGUUCACUUUAAUCCAAAAGGCUUCUUCAGUUCAAAAUAUGCCGGUUACAGAAUUCCGAUAUUUCUGGGUCUCUGGGUGGGCGUGUCCCACGUGUUCUGGCAUGCGAGUUACCAAAUAUGACCGAUGACCUUGUUAUUCUACGGCCUUGUGUUAUGAUGAACGGUUCUAACGGAAACAGGGGCGGCGGUCUCCCCAGGCGUUCCCCGGGCCAACUGUGGUCUUCCCCCAGGGUGCAUACCCGGACUAGAUGCCCUGAGACACCCGGUGAACGGUAGUCCACGGAAAAACCUCCUGUACCCACACAGACCGGUACCCAGAAGGAGAAAGACCCACCCCAAACAUGUCGAACCAAAGACUCCUUUUGGAUUAAAGUGAACCACGUUCACCCUACAAGACUAAAGACCAGUACGCAGAUGAGCUUGAACCUGGACGACUGAGACUCUCGACGCAGAUUUCGGGUAUUUUUGGUUUCAUUAUCAUGUGUUCAUGUGUCCACGUGACUUGGAAACGGCGGCAUCGGACGGUCUUGGAUGCUUCCAUAUGUUCAAACCAAAUACUGACUUUAAAGUCGUUUGUGUACUGCAGUAUUACACCAACAGCAUUCAUGUACUUUUCAGGCAUACGCAGUGUGGGGAAAUAUGUAUUUGUAUUUGUUGAUUGAUUAUUGGAACACAAAGAGGCCAUUACAACUUUAUUUUUGUCGAUGAAUAAAGUCAUCAGUUAGACUCCAGACCACGGGGGUCCUAAGUGGUUCUCGUGGGGGCAUUUGUGGAGAGCGACUAUUUUUUUAAUUGGCUUGUGGCGCAGUCUAAACUGGGGGGGGGGGGGCAGCAAAAGCGAAUAAAUCAGCAGUAAUUUGUCAAAAUAUUGAGAGAAAAAAAAGCUGUAAAGUAAUGAGAAAAAACAUACAUUUAAAAAACAUUCAAUUGAAAUAUUAGAUUGAAAAAUUGAAAUAAAUAAAUUAAAAUAGAUAAUAAUAAAGAUUUGUAAAGAUUUUUAAAGUUGUAAUAUUAUGAGAAAGAAACAAAACAAAUAAAUUAAUUAAAUAAAAUAGAUAAUAAUAAAGAUUUAUAAAGAUUUUUAAAGUUGUAAUAUUAUGAGAAACAAAAAAAUUAAUUAAUUAAAAUAGAUAAUAAAGAUUAAUAGAUUUUUAAAGUUGUAAUAUUUUGAGGAAGAAACAAAACAAAUAAAUAAAUUAAUUAAAAUAGAUAAUAAUAAAGAUUUAUAAAGAUUUUUAAAGUUGUAAUAUUAUGAGAAAGAAACAAAACAAAUUAAUUAAUUAAUUAUAAUAGAUAAUAAUAAAGAUUUUUAAAGUUGUAAUAUUAUGAGAAAGAAACAAAACAAAUAAAUAAAUUAAUUAUAAUAGAUAAUAAUAAAGAUUAAUAAAGAUUUUUUAAGUUGUAAUAUUAUGAGAAAGAAACAAAACAAGUUAUAAUUUUUGGAUUGUGGAAAAUGUAACCAAAAUCAAGUCAAAAUAUUUUUUAAUUUUUUAAUAAAAAUAAAUUAUUAAGAGAAUUCUCACAAAAAGCCACUAAUCCUACUAGAAAAAAAAUUGGAAUACUGUGAGGAAAAGUAUUAUUAGUAGCAUAGAAUAGAAAUAUUAAAGAAAAAAAAUAAACAAACAAUAUAAAAUAUAUUGAAAAUAUAUUAAAAAUAUAAACAAAUAAACAAAAUAAAAAUACUAUGGAAGUAAAGUAAAGUCAAAAUAUGGGAAUAAGGCCAUAAUAUUACAAAAAGUUACCAAGAUAAUUCAACAAGAAAGUUUGAAAAAUAUUAAAUAAAUAUUUACAUUUCAAUUAAUUGCAUAAUUGAUUAAUCGACGAUUAUUUGUUGCAGCUCGAGAGGCUAUCAAGGACAAAAAAAAUAUUAAAUAGGUUAUAAAUAUUCCCCCCCCCCCCCCCCCCCCAAUAGAACUUAACCAGCAAAGUAUCAAAUAAUUAUUUGAUUAUGAUUAUUCCCCCCCACUGCAUUUGCUGUUUUGUAUCUUUGGCUUUGUCUUACGCUCUGCUUUGUUUUUUUUUUUUUGUUUUUUUUUUUUAAUUCAGCAUAAUUCAUCUACCCUGUAAGACAUUUUUCCAGCUUUUUACUCAUAUACUUUUAUUUGAUCAAAGAGCCGAUGUCCUGUAUUGACUGCAGGCUUGCGUAUAUAUUUGACACAAACUAUUGUUGUUUAAUAUAAACCAAAGGAAAAAAAAUACCUGUAAAAAAAAAAAAAAAAAAAAAGUACAGAAAAUUGGGAAAAAAAUGUAGAAAAAGAAGUAAACGAGGGGGGAAAAAUAAUUUAUAUUUUAAACCUGCGCAGAAGGCUGAAAAAGUCAUAUUUAGAAUAACAAAAUGGCAGUGCCUUUUUUUUUUUUUUUUGUACUCGAGACAUUUACCCCUAAUGUAAAUGUGUGUUUUUAUUUUUAAUAGACUUUAAAGACUGAAAUGUUUACAGGCGGAAACCAGUGAUGGCUUGUUCACAUUAUUAUUUUUAAAACUUAUAAUAAAUAAAUAAAUCCGAGAGAUGAAAUAUUGAUUUUGGAAUAAAAGCGCUAAGAGCGUGUGAACACAAGCCACCAUUCAGCCGCCAUCACGCGGCGGCCGCCUGUAGCCUUCCUGUUCUGUGUGGAGGAUACAGACUAUGUUUAUGAAUGUGUAUGAAUGCAUUUUUUUAUUAUUAUUAUUAUUAUUAUUAUUGUCUUGCUGUAAUUUGAGACGUACCAGAAUGCUGUGACUUGGCAUGCCUUGUUAUCGAUAAAAAAAAAAAGUUAUAAGUUCUGCAGUUUGUGUGUGUGAGAUUUUUUUUAAAAUGAUAUUUGUAUAAUCGUGUCAUGAUAUUACUACAUAUUUCAUACGAUUUACUUGCAUUGAAAUCGGAAGUCAAGACAGAAUUUGAGCAGAAUUCUGAUGGAAUAGCAUCAAAUAACACAAAAACUUACAUCACAUGGAUACUGUAAACAUCCAGCAGCAACACAACAUUUUAAUAUGGGCUAUUUUGAUAAAUAAGUUUGACAAAAAAGUUGACGAUUUGUUUGCUUUCGUUGAGAGGAAUAAAGUCAAAAUAUUAGGAGGCACAGUCUAAACUGGGUGGGGGGGG